AUGGAUGGGCCCGUGUUGGACACUCGGUCAGCGGCUGUCAGAAGCUUUGUGGAUUCGUGGAAGGCAGAAGUGAGGGCAGCAUCGGCCUCAAUGGCCGCAACGCUCCAGCGCAAAGGCCUUGAAGGGCCGCCUGCCACCCUGCCAGACCUGUCCACCAUGACAGUCAUCUUCCAGACGGACUCCGGGAUCGACAUCAAGAAGCUUCAGCAGGCGUCCGCCAUCACGGACAGAGUUGCUGCGGAGCCGGCUUUAGGGUCAAUCUCGAUGAUCGCAACGGCCUCGAAGCAGGCAAAGUUUACCAAUCAGGUGUCUUUCCGCUACACCCCUGGGAAGGUCGGCACCACCCGGAAGAAUUGCAAGGUGUUUGCCAACGGAAAGUUCCACCUGACUGGCGCAAGGAGUGCCUGGGAGGCCGUUUGUACACUCAAGGUUGUCCUGCGCACAAUCAGGGCCCUCCGUCCUGAUUGCACACAGGUGGACAAGCUAGUCAAGAUCCAGUCAGCCAAAGUCCAGAUGCUGAACACGGAUUUCCGUCUCAACGCACCCAUCAACUUGGAGGCGCUGAGGGAUGUUGUCAUGGAGAGGUACGGCGUCUUUGGCCUUUACGAGCCGGAUCAUUUUGCCGGCUGCAACAUCAAGUUUGCGGGCGCGACCAUUCUGGCGUUCAAGAGUGGGAGCAUCAUAAUAACGGGUGCGAAAAGGCUGGAGGAGAUUGCACAGGCGUUUGCUUUUGUCAUCGGGGCCGUCACAGAGAGCCCCGCUGUCUUGAGCAAUCAAGGACGUACGCCAUUGUGGGAGCAAGAGAAUGCCAAGAAGGAGAGGACAAGCGCGGGGAAGCGCUCGUUUUUGGAGCUGCUAGAUGACAAGGUGGACGAGAGAGCGACCGAAAUCCCCACCUUUCAGAUCCCUUAG